CAAUGGGAGAAGUUGAUAUUGGAUUUGUAGAGGAGUGCGAACGUUGGAGACUGCAGAGCAGAUUUUUCCCCAGCAAAGUGGGAGGAGAACCAGCAUGGCUGGACCUCAAGAAUGUCCCUGGGGCUGAGGAUGUUCAGUGUGGAACAUGUGGAGAUCCAUGUGUCUUCCUGUGCCAAGUUUAUGCCCCUUAUUUCGCCAACGACGCGACCUUUCAUCGAACAAUUUUUGUGUUCGUUUGUAAGAAGAGUGAAUGCUGUAAGGAUAAUGAUGGAGGGAAUCUGAAGGUCCUGAGGGAACAGUUGGGGAGGAAAAACGAGUUUUAUCCCUUUGAUGCACCCGAGGAGAGGGAAGACUGGAGACCAGACUUGACUGUCGACAAGUGGACGAAAACUUGUCACGUUUGUGGUCUGUCAGCCCCCAGUAAGUGUGCGAAGUGUAGGAAAGUCAGUUACUGCUGCAGAAGUCACCAAGUGAUUGACUGGAAGACUGGACAUAAGGAGAUGUGUAAUGAUCCUUCCAGAAAACCUGAAGACUCCCCCCAUAAAUUCUUAUUCCCCGAGUUGGAGUUGAUAACCGAGUCAGAGAACUCAGAGGACUCUGAGGAUGAGGGCGACGAGAUGGAGAAGGAGAAAAGAGAAAUGGAGAAGUAUAAAUUGAUGGUCAAGACUGGUAAAGCUGGAACCCUUCAGUCUGAAAAGGAUAUUGAUGGAGAUUUGAUGAACAUGGUUGACGAUGAGGACGAGGUGUUCACAGAAUUCAGAAGCAGAGUUGAUAAACAUCCUGAUCAAGUGUUGAGGUAUGACCGAGGAGGCAGUCCACUUUACAUUUCUGCAGACCAUCAACCCGAUCACAUUCCGAAGUGCGAAGAGUGCGGUGGAGACAGACAAUUCGAGUUUCAAAUCAUGCCCCAGCUGCUGAAUUACCUGGGCUGUUUGGAUGUCAUGAAGGGCCUCGAUUGGGGCGUACUGACGAUUUUCACGUGUAAAAAUUCCUGCAUACCUAAGUCUGGCUAUUGCUCAGAGUUUGUCUGGAAGCAAGACAUCGUUGGACAGAAGAAAAAUCUGCCCAAAACGAAUACCUAAUCUAAAUUCCAAGUUUUCAAUCGAAGAUGAACCACUGGCAUCGGUAUUUAUUGCAGAAUAUCGCACUCUGCAUUUGUGGUUUCAAACCCACGUAAUAAAUGAGGAUUUUAUAUACAUUUUAUCACAUGACUAACGUUGAAAUGACUCAUCUGAGUUGUCUGUUUUAAUGCUCUUAUUGAUCUGGUGCGCGUGAAGGACCGAAGGGCAGGUCUUUGUAAAAAGAAUUGUUGAUCGUGUCAUGGUGAAGCUUUUAUUCAGUACAAAAUAUUCCUCUUUAUUCUCCAAGUAAAAAAAUAAGGGAAAAUAUUACAUUGUGAAGGUA